AUGUCCAAGCCACGAAUCGUCAAAACCCACACCAUCGUCAACGAGCACAUCAGCACCUGGAACACCACCAUCGAGACCGUGCUCGACAAAUUCACUGACAAGCCCGUCUACUGGAUCUGCAAACGCAGUGACGACAGUGAGUCCGCCCCAGGACGCAGCGACCCACCACGCAUCAAGAUUCGCGCCAAUGCCAACCACAGCCCAUCCGUCGCGGGCGUGCGCUUCGAUUGCAACGGGACCAAAAACGAUCGGUUGAAUUUCUGCGCCGUGGUGGCGAAGCAUCCAGAGGAGGUUUCCAUGCGGAAGUGGACGAAGGUCGAGCAUAAGAAGUUCAGGUUGGGGGAGCUUUUCGCGGAUGUUCUUGGUCGAGGGGAGGAGUGGUCGUUCCGAUUCGACGGAGAGUGGUUUGUUUGGAAGGAGACAUAUUCAGCACGACUAGGUGCCUGCAAGUGCCACACCCGAGACUUCAAACUCCUCGACGAUCGUGACAGAUUGCUGGCGGUGUACAUUAACGAUCACGGACGACACCGAGACACGUCUGGUCGGCUGGACUAUUUCGUCGAACUUGACCGGGAGGAGGAAGUGAUGAGUCUGGCGGUGAUUGUGGGAAUUCAAGAGAGGAAAGAGCAGCAGAGGAGGGAAAAUGCGGAGAUCAAAAGGAAACGGGAAAAGUAUGAUCGCGAGCAUCCUGGUAUCUAUCGAUCUCAGGUUCCGUUCAUGCCGAUUCAUUAA